AGCAAAUCGAACUUGCAGGAUCACUGUCAAAUCGGGGAUGGAAUGAGAUGUUCCCCAUUCCCUUUUUUCUAUUGUACUUAUGGUCCUCCUUAACGAUUCGCGGCUAGCCGAUGCAAGGGUCUACCGACGAUAAAAUCAGCAAAUGCACAUUAGAUCGCUUUCCUUGAAUGCCAUUCUCCCUGUCGUCUGGACUAUCCCUCAGCUGAAUGCGUCCACACCCGUCUGAACUUCCUUCCGGGAUGGCGGGUUCUUUGAGAAGGAGCUUUUGUUUAUUCCAUUGCUGUCGGUCUGUGUCGAUCGAGGAGAGACCAUGCCCCGCACAUAAGCUGCUCAGGAGGGGUAUAUAAGGACGGCGUCCCAUUGGAGCACGCCGGCAUCCCUUUGAUUUGCAAUGCAAGCCCCCGCUAGCAUACCAUCGUACCGUCUAUCGUCAACGACCAAGCUGAGAUGAGCACCCAGACCCUCGCCUCCAACGACAAACUCGAGAGCCUAACGGCUAGUGUGCGCAACCUCGCGUCACGGUCGUUGAAGGAUCCCCCGACCCGACGGACUAGACUCCCACUUUUGGUGCUGCUGGGCAGCCAGCUUGUGCUCUUGGUGUCGAUUCUCGUCAUUCCGAGCAAUAUACUGUUCUUCCGUACGGCGCAGAUCACCGUCGAUGAGCUUUCUGAGCCGUUGUUGAGAAUCAGUUUCGAUAAAUACUUCCACGACUGGGAUGAGUGGCUCGGUAGUUUCCAAAAGGUCGCCCAAGAUGUAGGCCAUCGGCUCACCACCGCCCAAUUCCUCACAACAAGUUUCGACAACUUCACGGACGCAAUGGAGCCCGGCGGCUGGUUCGAUACCGCCCGGCAAACCAUGCUCUCGUACGGACAGGCUCUGUCGGCUGUCAGCUGCAUUACGAACGCUAAUAUCAGUGGACGGGGAACGAACCUCUACAACGUGCCAAAUUCCACCGUCGCAUCGGUCGUGAUACACGCCGGCUCUGACUAUGGCGAGAACUUCUACGAUUACAUGUUCCAGGAUUAUUCCACCAACGCCUCGUAUGUCGACUAUGCUCGAUUUCCGAAUGGGACGUUUGCGGACCCAUUGAUAAUCACCCCGCUAGUCAAUCAAACCCGCAACCCGGCCUACAUGCAAAUGUCCGAUCCGGAUCCAUUGCCAAACGGGCAGGGCAAGUUCCGAUACAAUUGGUUCGGGUCUAGGUUUGGACCCGGGUAUCUCUACUGGUCAUAUACGAUCAACUAUUAUUUCCCGCUCACAUCCCCACGCCCCACCUAUGUGUGCCAGGCUGGCGCAAACCCUGACCGACCGCUCAAAGUGGUGAUGCAAAGCAAUAAGCCGAGUAACAACUCCCAAACCUUCGUCCUCGAUCUCACCGCGAACGGGACGGUUAUCGCCAAUAGCGAGGCUCCUAUUCAGUUCGGCGGGGAGUUUUACACAUGGCACAACGCCCCCAACACCUCCACAACCCUCCUCGCCUCCUACCUCACCACCCAUUCCGCGUUCACCUCACCCAAUGUCACCGCCAAAUUCGACAACGCCAUCCUCGCCGACGGCUCCCACUGGUACAUCCGCACCCGCCCGCUCCCCGUCGACACGGAUAUCACAUGGGCGCUGGUGAUUGCGAUCCCGCGGGGGGAUUUCUUUGGGCGGAUUGACACGGUGAAGCGAACAACGAUUAUCCUGGUGAUUGUGAUCACCGUUGUGAGCGUGUUGGGGAUUACGCUGGGGAUUUGGGUUACGGUGGUGGUGCCGUUGAGGAGGAUGGCAAGGCAGAUGAAGCAGCUCUGCGAACUCAACUUCGCAGUCCUUGAAAAAGCCGAACUCGACCACCGUUCGCUGGUGCACGAAGUCAGCACCGUGCAACAGGUGUUUAAUCUCAUGGCCGGCGCAUUGUAAGUAUCCCCACUCCCUAACCCUUUGCUGUCAACCCCAUCUCGUUCUCACUCCGUCUUCCUAGCGCCGGCGGCCUCCGAGCCAAUGCAGCCCUCUCCCGGCCGCAGAACUUCCAGCAGCGCGGAGUAGUGCCGUCCGCCGUGCCAAAGAAGGCGACAAAGACGGCCGGCUUGCGAGGGAGUGGUUAUGGGCAAGAUGAGAUGGAACAGAAGGUUAAGGGGACUUGUGAGAUAUUAGAGCAUGAUUGAUGGAGUUUUACGGGCUGUGCGGGAUCGUUGGCUCUACAAAGAUUGAUAUGACUUGUUUGCAGAGCGAUUUUUGGUUGCGGUGAACCCCCUAUUCCUGUGACAAGCUUGAUGGAACUGCACCUUGUACUGUACCUUUUUCAUAUGACUUGUGAAAAUACGUUUCUGUUGCCCUCUUUGA